AUGGAUACCAACACAUCGAAACCCCACCUACUCAACCUACCUUACGACAUCCGCUUCCUCAUCUACCAACACCUCUUCCCGGCAGGCAAACAGAUGUAUCUCCAAGCAUACGGCAAGCCCCGCCACGGUCUCAAAUCGAUCAUGGGCGAUCACCCCGUCACCGUCCCCCUCCUACGUGUAUGCCGCCUCCUCAACUCCGAGGGCUCCGACUACCUCUACAACACUUACCUCUGGAACAUCGUCGGUCGCAAAUACGACGUUCUCGCGCAUUACGGGCGCUUCUUGACGGUACUCGAGCGGUACGCCAACGAUGAAGUCCACGUCGACGCCUUCACUAACGGCUGGCACUCGUCGACGAUGUGCGUAUCGCUGCACACCGGGGAGGGCAAGAAGGCGAUGUUGUCGCGGCGAGAUCGGGGAGUCGCGAAGUCGAUUGAGGAGGUUUGGGAGGAGGUUAGACUGCAGCCGCGGCGCAAGACUCCCAUGCCGCUGACGGUCAUGGCGUUCAUGUUGGAGGCUAUAGAUGCGUUUGGGUGGUAUGUCAUUUUUGCUGUUGGAGUCGUGUUUGCGCUGCUGGCUUGGACGUCGUCGGCCGAGAGUGGUUAG